UAAAUUAGGUGUCACAUCAAAUGUCAUUAUACUUUUUUCUUAUUGUCAAAUCAAUUAUAUUGAUUUAUUUCAAUUUUAAAAAUAAAAUUGAUAUUUCAUACAUGAAAUAUUUAAAGUAGUUAGAAUAUAACUCAGUUAGUCUAAUUUUUUUUUUGCAUACUUAAAAGUAGUAUUGUACAGUGCGCCGUUUAUAAUGAACCAGGAGACUAAUAGACUAAACACAUUUACAAAUUGGCCAACUUCAGCUCCUGUAGAUCCAAUUAGAAUAGCUAAAGCGGGUUUUUUUUACACGGGACAGGGAACAGAAGUCGAGUGUUUCAGUUGUGGGGGAAAAAUAUCAGAGUGGAAUUACGGAGAUCAGGUUAUGUGGAGACAUAGAGUCAUGGAUCCAAAUUGUGCAUUUGUUUUGAAUCCAGUGUUAUCUGGCAACGUUCCCCUGGUGAUUGGUCGUGAUUGCAAUUCUAUACAAAGCACAGAGCAAAGAAAUACUUCUCAAAAUGGCCAGCAGGAAUCAGAUCCACCCGUGGAGCCCCGUAGGGUUACUGAGGAAGAUGAUAUGUACAAGAGUGAUGCUUUACGUUUGUUAUCAUUCGUAAAUUGGGAUGAUACAUCAGUAGCACGAGAAGAGCUGGUGAAUGCUGGUUUCUACCAUGCUGGUGAGGGACGUAUCCGAUGUGCUUGGUGUGGAGGUGAAUUGGCACCUUUCAGAAAUUUAGGAUCACUCGGCACCCCAUUAGAUGUGCAUAGAAUGUAUUUCCCAAGAUGUGAGUAUGCAGCGACACUGGAGGAGGAACGGCGUAAUAGCGAAUUUUCGCCACCAAUAUCACCUCCUUCGUACACACCGCCUUUGAGAUCACCAUCAACUGCUAGACCUCAGUCUUCAGGUGCCGUACAAAACGCUCGCGUGGUGGAGGCGGGUGCGGAGUGGAGAUCUUUGGGAGUGGUGGGAGGAGGGGCGAGGCAUCCCUCCCGCGCCGCGCUCGCUGCUCGUCUCGCUACAUUCGAGCGAUGGCCAGCGGACCGAGCACAGGCUCCGAGGACUCUCGCUGAUGCUGGUUUCUUUUAUACUGGGAUUGACGAUCAGGUGCGCUGCUUCUACUGCGACGGCGGGCUGGGCAAGUGGGAGGCGGGCGACGCGCCGUGGUCGGAGCACGCGCACUGGUUCCCGCACUGCGGGUACGUGCGCCUCGUGCGCGGGCAGGACUUCGUCGACGCCUGCCGCACGCGCGCCGUGCCGCGCUCGUUCUCCGCCGACAGAGGUCUGACUUCAAGAACCCGAAAUCCAUCGGUUAAUUUUCCAGUUACCGGUAGCCAGAUAGAAGAAUGUAUGGAAAGCAACGCAGCUGUAGCCGCCCUGGGUGCGGGAUUAGACGCUGCUAGAGUACGACGGGCCAUUGUACGGAGAUUGCGAGCUACUGGUCUACCAUUCAGCUCUUCGGAGGCAUUGAUCGACGCGGUGUUGGACGAGCAGUUAAACGAAGAGGCUUGGUCGGUGUCCCCACACAGUCAGCGACUCGCGAGGGAUAUCCUUGCUGAGACCUUGAGGGAUUUUGCACCACGAUCUGGAAUAAUUCCUUCGAAUAUAGAAGAGGACAGACCCGACAGUCAAGCAUCACAGACAGAUAGUCCAGUUCGAUCUCCCACUCCGAGUAAUGUUUCAAUACAAUCAAAUAAUCCAUCAGAUAAUAGCAGAACAGAAAACUUAACUAGUGAAAUUAGUAAUAAUAAUCACGAACGAGACUCGAGUCCUGUUUACAAUCCAAAACAAUUGACUUUAGAAGAAGAAAAUAGACAAUUAAGGGAAGCGAGAAUGUGCAAAGUCUGUAUGGACAAUGAGGUGAGCGUGGUGUUCCUGCCGUGCGGACACCUGGUGUCGUGCGCGGGGUGCGGCGCGGCGCUGGGCGCGUGUCCGCUGUGUCGCGCGCAGGUGAAGGCGCUUGUGCGCGCCUAUCUCGCUUGACCGACUCGUGUGCGGUACGUACAUUGAAUUAACUCUAACUUAAGUAU